AUGACUACCAAUAGCCAACAAAGACAUCUACUUCAAAGGCUUCUAUUCGUGUUAAUUUUUCAAUGUGUAUUUCAGUCAAUUCAAAGUCUAAGCUCUAAUGAAUUAUGCUUGAAUAAAACAUGUAGUGGUUGUAUAGCUGGUUCACUGUCUUGUCAAGAAGGCGGACUUACACGCUUACCAGAUCGUCUUUCUUCUGAUAUUCAGUCAAUGAUAUUAAUGAGUCAUAAAUUUUAUAAUCCAGUAUUAACCAACGAUAAUUUCUCUAUGUAUGCACAACAGAAUGUUAAACUACAACGUCUUACCCUACGUAACUGUGGUAUCCAGUCAAUUCAACCGAGUACAUUCCAAUCCUUGAAAAGUUUACAACAAUUAGAUUUAUCUCAGAAUAGAAUUAAACUAAUCGCCAAAGGUACAUUUCAAGGUUUACACCUGGAUUUCUUACGUUUAGAUGAAAAUUUUGGAUUGAAUAUUGAAAUGGGUGCUUUUGAAAGUGCAUCAAUUGUCUCCUUAUCUAUUAACCAAUGUGGCCUUAAAACAAUCACAUAUGAUACUCUAUUACCACUGAUUAAUAGUAAACAAUUAAAAAAUUUACACUUGUCUGGUAAUCAAUUGAUGACUCUGGAAAGUCGUUUAGAACCGAUUUUUCUACAGUUACAAAGCUUGUCAUUAGAACAGAAUCCAUUCAACUGUGACUGUAAACUGAGUUGGUUGGCGUCUGUGUUAAACAGACGACAAGUACAACGACGUACACGUGGCCUAUUAAUGUUUAAUGAUGAUGACGAUCACGAUGAUGAUCAGACUGGAAGAAAUUCUUUAAACAGACCAAACAACUUAGUUGAAUUUAAUCAACACAAUACACCUUUAGAUGGUGACCUCCUGAAGCCUUUAUGUCAUCAUCCAAGAAGAUUAGUUGGAAGAAGUAUUGAAUCACUGACAGUUUCAGAUUUCUUCUGUGGUACACCGAAACUUCAAGUUGUUGAAAUUGAUUUAGGUCAGUUAACAGAAUUUUAUAAAGGUCAAACUGAUCAAAAGAAACAGGUAUCAGGAAAUCAAGAAGACGGAAGCGAUACAUCUUUAACUGUUACUGUACGGUGUCAUGUGAAAGGUUCCCCAGAACUUCAUAUUGACUGGUAUCGUCCAGUUGGCAAUGGUAGUGACAGUAAGAAUGGUCAUAGUCCGAAUUCUCAGUCCAGUUUCUUGACACUGAUGCAAAAUCAUCAACAACAACAAUUUUUCUCAGUUCCAAAUACAAAACUUCUGCCAAAUGGUGGAAUAGAGUUGAAAUUAAGUCAACAGAUCAGACCAAAUAGUGAAAGUCAAGUUAAGGGGUCGAACAAUCCAUAUGUAUCAUCUUCAAAAGUUGAGAAACUGAUUUGUUUUGCUAGUGAUUCUAACGGGAAUACAAGUGCUGAGAUAGUCUUUCAUUGGCCAACUUUUGAACACUUACAAGCGAUGUCGAAUAGUGUUUUGACUUCACAGACUAAUAAAGCAAAAGCUCAAAAGAAUAAAGAUAAAGAAACUGGCGACAGCAUCUUACAAACAGAUAAAAAUAGCAUAACUAAUGAUCGUUCUUUGGCUAGUUAUGAAAUGACACAUGGAUGGUAUACAGUUCUUCAAGAUGAUCCUGAGAAUAUGCUCUUUCAAAAGCAAUUCUCUGUUCUUGAAAUGAUCGGUGCAGUUGUUGGAACAUUUACUGUGACUUUGACUUUCUUUAUAUUUGGAUGCUGUUUACUAAAAUUUCACCGACGAAAUCGUUGUAAAGCUCGUUCAAAAAUCUUACUGCAUCAUACAACAUCAGAAAAUUCUUAUCGUAAUUUUUCACCAGCUUCAGAAAAUUUAAAAUCACCGCCAUAUUCAGUAACUAACAACCAUCUAGUGAACAGCAGUACUACUCAUAAUAAUAACAAUACUAGUAAUAACAAUGCGUCUUAUUCUAUCAGUACUGUACCAAAUACUUUAAUGAAUUCAUACACGACAAGUAAUUUUCUUACAGGAAAUGGAACCCUUGUAAAUGAUUUCAAUGGAAUGAAACACUUGCCGUUUACUACGACAACUUAUGAACCAAUAAAUUCUACCUGUGACUUUCAGACAUCUACAGGCUAUUCUGAUUCUCAAACUUAUGAUUUACCACAAAUUCAUCCAACACACUCACCACCAUCUAUACCAUUGCCUCCACUACCCAAUGGCUUUAUAAAUACAGUUGGCGGUGUUAGUCGAGCAAACGAGAAAGACCAGGGUGGCGCUUAUACCCAUGAAAAUAAUCAUGCACCAAUGUUAAUAACAACUUCGCCUUAUAUCACAACAUCACCGUCUGUAAAUGAUGUGAACCGAUGUGCUGAUGCAUCACUUUUAUCUCCAUUACUUAUGAAUGAUACACGAAAUUUAUCUGCAGCUAUAUCAGCUGCAGCCACACUGAAUCUACACAUGAAACAACAACAGCAACGACAACAAAACUCCCAAAAUCAAUACUUUAACACAGCACAAAAUCACCCGUAUACUCAUAAUCCUGUAAAUCCUGACAAUAUGCUUACACAAAAUCAACUACUUGAUUUGAUUACUCGUCAAAAUUUGCUCACUAGACAGUUACACGACACACAGCAACAACAACAACAACAGUAA